GUUUAUUUUAAUCUGUGUUAUAUGUACUCUGCAUACAACAAAAAUCGGUCUUUCAGUAGUAAUAUUGAUAUGGCAGCCACUCCAGAUCGGUUAAACAUUUCCAGAGGACGCAUCCAGUCCCCUCGCACACCAUCAUCGCCAUCCGCCACUGUUGGGGCAUCGUGCGUGGCGGACUGCGUCCGGAAGUAUGUGGAUUUGCACAAAAAGUGGCAGAUCACCGUCCUGAAAGGCGCCCAAUACUGCUCUGCGAUCGAAAACAUCAAGAAGGGAGUGCUAGAAUCAAAGGAGGAAGAACCAAAUCCGUAUCCGGAUAAUUUACAACUAUACUGUAAGAAUUUAGCCGUCCUGAAUACUAUAUUGGAGGAUGUGGUGACUAGCCUAGGUAACAUGAUUCAACAGCUGAGGGUUUUACAAGUGGCGUUAAAAGAUGACACUGUCGGCAAGAGCUGGAACAUACGGCAAACGCUUGUUGCAUUGUGCAAAGUAUACGAAUACUUCCAAGCAGAUCUGAUAACGCGACGGCGAAUUGCUGGUAAUUAACACAUUGGUCAUGCUCUGAACUUAAAUGAGCUCGCGGUUCAUGUGGCACUGUGGGAGCAGCUAUACGACCAUAUUGAGGAAAUAAGCCUGCUAACAAGAAUGCUGAGCGUAGAGUUUGAUAUACCAUUUAGUUGAUUAGUCACAUGUUUUAGAAAAUGUAAAUAAACUGUGAUACUCGAUAGAAA